ACUAUCCAAAUAUGGAAGUACGCAUUUACUUAACAAUGAUAAGUAUUAUUUUCAUAUUAUUUAAAUAGGUCAUUAGUAGUAUUACAGACAAGAUGUAUUAUGAAUCAUGUCAAAUUCUAAGUCAUUAUAUGGUAAUAUGCACAUGAUCAUGCACACGCUUAUAUACAAAGCGACAUUUAAACCUACAUAAAAGUUCAUUCUGAAAAAUAGUAUAUAAAACGGAUGAUUAUUAUAGGAUUUCAUAUUCUAAUACAUCACAGUUACAACUGAUGACUUUUGUAUGAAUAUGAUGUUAACAUUAAUUUGGUUUACAUUGUUUGUACAUGUACAUUGUAGUACUGAUGUUCAUAUAACUAGUUCGACUGAGAAUCCAUUUGAAACUGAUGUACAACAAUUCAAUACAACAAAUGAUUCCAAUAAUACAGAAACAAUUUCAUCUACAUUAUAUCCUAAUGUGACCUAUGUGAUUCUACCGACAGGAUUUUACUUAGGUCAAACUAAUUUGAUUACUGUAAGAAGUCGUGAACCAAGAACACAAUUACGAAUUUCAAUGAAUGUCACUGAAUUACCUCAUGAAAUUAACGAUCCAGAUCAAAUUUAUUAUUUAGAACCAUUGAAUACAACAGAAUAUUGGUAUGGUAUAGAUAUCCCUUAUGAAAUACCAUUCAUUUUUACACAUGAAGAUUCUAUGUGGGUUAAAUUAAUAUUUAAUUUUACUCAUUGUUUAAAUAAGACUGAUCUCAUCCCUAAUGAUCAUGAAUGUACUACUUAUAAAACUACUGAAGUUAUACAUUCAAUUCAAUUAAAACAACCACCAAUGAUAAUACUUGGUGAAACGGAUAAACCAAUCUAUAGACCUGGUGAAAAUGUACGUUUUCGUUUUUUAACCUUAAAUGUAAAUAGUUUAUUACCAAGAUCAACUAGUAUCGCAUUACCAAAGGAGAAACUAAUCAUUCAUAAAGGUUCUAAAGGUCAAUUAAUUGAAAUGAAUAAGCUAGAAUUAAUGAAAUGGAAUAAUAUCAUUUAUGAUAGUAUUGUUAUUAUUGAUCCUAUGGAUAAUCAUGUUAAACAAUGGUUCAAUAUAUCCCCAAAUCAAGCAAUUAAUUUAACUUAUCCUAUAUUACAUAAUGCUAAAGAAGGUCAAUGGAAAUUACGUGCUACUGUGAGACAUCAUUAUAUAGAAACUAUUGAAUUUACAGUGAAACAAUAUACAUUACCAAAAUUUACUGUCACCUUAGAAACACCUAGGGUGUUCAAUAUGGAAUCACAGUAUGUUCAAUAUUCAGCCUGUGCUAAAUAUACAAAUGGACCACCAUUAAAAGGUCAUAUACAAUCAAUAUUAUGUGCAUGUACUGAUUAUAUAUGGGAUAAUCAUUUUUAUAAAUUAGAUGAUGAACAAAUUGUUCAAUCAUUAUUAACUAAUCCUAAAUGUCCAUCUGAUGGUUAUGAAACAAAAACUAGACCAUGUAUUAUAAUUAAUCAACCAUUAGCAUCUAAUGGUUGUACAAACUUCAAUAUAUCAACUACUGAAUUAGCUUUAUUCAGUAGUAAAUAUUCAAAAUGGAAUCAAAUAAGUAUUUUAUGUACCCAAGUAAUAGAAGAUGAUACUGGUUCCAAAUUAUUUAAUUGUAUUAAAGGUGAUCCAAUUAAAAUGAAUCAACUAAGUUUACAUAUAGAAUUACCACAUGUUUAUAAAUCUAAAUUACCAAUUAUUGGUAAAGUGAAAUUACUCAACUAUGAUAAGAAUAUGAAUUAUAGUGUGAAAAUUUCUGUAUCCGAUCAAAAAUGGGGUUGUUAUUGGCAAAAUGGCAAUACAGAUAAUCAACAUUACUUAAAUGUGAUAUCAUUGAAUUCCAAUGGUGAAGGUUUGAUUUAUCUACCACCGAUUUCAUCACAACAUUCAAUAUCUGUUGAAGCUGAAUUAUUGCAGUCGUCUGUUAGUUCAACUCGUUCAUCAUUGAAUUCAUCAACAUCAUCGAAUGAAACCACUUCAAAUACUACAAAUCAAAAUAGUCCUAGAAAGUUAACUAAUGAAAAACCUUCCAGUUUAUAUUAUUGGUCACAUAGACCAUGGAUAAAUGAUCAUAGAAUUAUUGAUAAUGUAGUAUUAAGAUCAUGGGAUUCAAUAAGUCAAAUUUAUUUACAAUUAUGGCCACCUCAUGAUAAAAUUAUUACAACAUGCCCAAAUCUAGUCAAGUUAACAUUGUUAUCUAAUACACGUUUAUCAGAUAAAGCUAUUUUUAUAGAAUCAGUAAUAAGAGGUAAACAUCAGAAAAUUGUAAUACCAGCGGAUAGUUUAGACAAUGAUAAUGACUAUUGUAUUGAUCGAGAUGAUGAAUUAGGUCAUUAUAAAUGUUUAAAUUGGAAUUCAACAGAGAUUGAAUGUUUACCUGGUUGGAAUGGUGAGAAUUGUUUAAUUCCUGUUUGUUCUUUAGAAUGUAGUAAAAAAGGUGGAUUUUGUUCAAAACCUAAUCAAUGUCAAUGUAAAACAGGUUGGACAGGAAUAACAUGUGAUCAAUGUGUUAAACGUGAAAAUUGUUUACAUGGUAAAUGUUUACUUGGUAAUGAUUGUGUAUGUGAACCUGGAUGGGCUGGAUAUUUAUGUGAUAGUAAAAAAGUGAUUUAUGAAAAAAUUGAAGAUGAUUCAGAAACAAAUAGUACAGAUAGUGUAACCGAAGAAAUCAAUAAUGAAGAUUCAGAGAAACAUUCCACAAUGAACUCGCCAUCUCAGAUAAAUACUAAACCAAUUCGUACACUUUAUCAACGGCAUAUACAAUUUGAAAUUGAUGGUUCAUGGGGACCGAAAUUUACCGCUGUUCUUUAUUUUCACAAUCAACAUGAUGUCAUGAUUCCUGAAAUUAUUUCAACACAAAUUACAAUAGAACAAAUUGACAAUUGUUCAAGUAAUGCUAUUGCAUUACAGUCAAAAUCAAAUCAUACCAAUUUGAAAUUAAGUAAAAAGAUAGCAGAUCCUGGUGAACAAAUUAAAAUGACUAUCAUUCCACAAGGUGUUUCUCAGUGGAUGGAAAAAUCAACCAGCUAUGACAUGAAAUCACUAAAAUCCAAUGGUGAUAAUAAUGAAAAUGAUAAAGGUCAGUUAUCGAAUGAAUUAUGCUUUGUUAGAAUCUCUGAUAUAUCUUUAGAUAAUUUUCAAGGUGAUAAAAAUUUAGUGAAUUUAAAAUAUUUUACUGAUAAAUUAAUUGAAUUUACCGGGGAAAGUGGAUAUCGACCAUUAGUUGCUAGUUCAACACAAGAAGCAUUUUUAGCUGCUGGUUUUCAACUUGGUUCAACUUAUCCAGAACCAACAUUUGUUCAUCGUGCCUAUCCAUGUCCUUAUUUAGCAUAUUCAAAUGCAUUACCAGUUGUAAUGGAUGAUGCUGGUGGUGAUGGUGAAUAUAAAUCGAAUUCAGAACAUCGUCAAACAAUCUCAUUACGUAAAGGUCUACAUGAUACAAUUAAACCACGAUUAAGAGACUUCUUCCCCGAAGUAUGGUUAUUCGACGUUAUGCCUAUUACUAAUUUACAGAAUAACGAUGCUGAUGAUUAUAAUGAAAAUGAUAUUGAAAAUACCGGAUUCAAUGAAACCAAUAAAUUAAAGGGUAUUGAACUUAAUCUCACCGUACCAGACACUAUAACAAGUUGGAGAGCAUCAGCUUAUUGUACAACAAAAGAGAAUGGUCUAUGGAUUGGUGAACCACAAAUUUUAACUGUGACUAUGCCAUUUUAUGCAGAGAUAACUUUACCAAAAGAAAUGAAACGUGGCGAGAUUCUACACAUCCCUAUAAGUAUAUUUGUUUUAGAUAGAAAAUAUUUAAAUCCCACCGAUGACAUUUUCAAUAAAACAGAAUGUUAUGAAACUUCUGUUAGAAUACAAGUAAAUAAUAGUGAAUGGUUAAUAACUACAUCAAAUGAAUUUACCAGUUGUCUAUGUUCUGAUCAAAAGAUAACUUAUCUAGUUGGUUUAUUACCACAACAAUUAGGUCAAUUAAAUGUUACUGUUGAAGCACUUGCUAUUAGAAAUAGUGAAUUUUGUGAAUUCAUUCAAACAAAUGAUAAUGGUAAUAGUUUGACAUUUAAAUCAAAUAAAACAGAAAUGAAAACUAAUCAAUCGAAAUUAUUAUCCGAUAAAAUGAUUCGUCAAAUCAAUGUAAUACCUGAAGGUAUUCAACAAGAAACAACUCUUAGCGAUAUUGUUUGUUUAAAUGAACAACAAACUACAUCAACGCGUCAUUUUCAAUUUACUUUACCUGAUCAUAUUAUAAAAGAUUCAUUUCAUAGUUAUAUAUCAUAUAGUGAUGAAGUGUUAGGACCAGCAUUAGUUAAUUUAGAUAGUCUUAUACGUUUACCAACUGGUUGUGGUGAACAAAAUAUGGUAUUAGUAGCACCAAAUGUCUAUAUAUUAGAUUAUUUAAAAUCUACACCAAAUAUUGGAAUAAAUGACAAUAAAGAGAAAUAUAUAGAAUCAGCUAAAUCUCACAUUAUAUCCGGUUAUUAUCAACAAAUGAAAUAUCGUCGAGAUGAUGGAUCAUUUUCUGCAUUCGGUAAAUCAGAUAAAGAAGGAAGUACAUGGUUAACAGCAUUUGUACUACGUGUAUUUGCUAAAGCUUACAGACUACAACCGAAUUUAAGCAUUGAUUGGAAUAAUUUAUUCAACGGUGCUAUAAAUUACUUAAUAAUGCAUCAAAAUAAUGAAAGUGGAUGUUUUGAAGAAUAUGGUAAAGUAUUAUAUUCUCCAUUACAAGGAAUCAGUGGAACAGAUGAAACACAAUGGAGAAGUAUCUUACUAACAAGUUAUGUUAGUUCAGCAUUAUUGGAAAUACAGUCAACAUUUGACAAAGAAAACGAUGAGAAUAAAGUUAAUUAUUUGCAUGUCAAAAACUAUACUACUGAAAUAAAAAGAUCAUUCGAUGCUGUAUUCAGGUGUUUAAACGAUAAAUUAGUGAGUCUUGAUUCUUUUAAAGAGAUACCUACAUCAGUACUUGUUCAAUUAAGUUAUACUUAUACGAUCAUUAAACCAAAUAAUGAAUUAACUAUAAAACUCCAAAAUGAAACAAUCAAUAGAAAACAAGUUAGUAAUGACCAGUUUGGUACAAAAAUAUUUUGGUCCAGUAAUUACUGUGAAAACAACAUGACAACUCAGAAAAAUAAAAAUGAACCACGUGAUUUAGAAUUAACAGCUUAUGCAUUUUUAAUGUUAAAUCAAAUGAAUCAAUCAGUGAGUGAUCUAUUCCCAAUUAUUCGAUGGAUUAGUUCACAACAAAAAUCAAAUGGUGGUUUCUAUUCUACACAAGAUACAGUACUUAGUCUUGAAGCAAUUGCUGAAUUUGCUAAAAGAUUAGGUCUAUCAAAAACUCUAGAUUCAAAUGUAUCAUCGAAUGUACUUUUUAUUUCAAACAAAAUGAGUUUCGUAAACUAUACACUGGACGAUUUAAUAACUUCAGAAAAAAGACAAGUUAUCAAUCAAAUCGAAUUGCCUCGAUAUCCUCUAGACGAUAAUCAAAAGAUAAUAGAUUCCACUUGGGAAUUAAAAAGUAAUGAAUCACAAACGGAUUGUAUAUUAGUACAAAAUACGUUUAUAUAUAAUAUGCCUGAGAGGGAAGAUAUUGACAAAAAGAUUAAAUUAUCUUUUGAUUUGGUUCAACAAAAUAAACUAUCAGAUGUCAAUUGUAAACUAGCUACAUUGUCAAUGUGUUUACAAUUGAAUAAUAUGAAAAAUAUCAGUACUAUCAGUACUGGAAUGUUGUUGAUACGUGUUACUAUGGUUACCGGUUGGGAACCAAUUUUAGAAGAAUUACAUUCACAAUUAGGCUCUGAAGAUGAAUCUUUAAGAAAAUUUACUAUGAAUGAUCAAAAUGAAAUUUCAUUAUAUUUUGAUGAAUUCUCUGAAAAUGAAACCAGAAAAGUAGGCGGUGAUUGGACAAAAUUAAAACGAUGCGUCAGUUUACCAUUAAAACAAACACAUUAUGUAGAAAAUGCUAAAACAGCAACAAUAACAGGAUUUGAAUAUUAUACUCCAGAUGAAAGUGUUACAGUUACUUAUCAAUUAGAUGAAUGUAGACAAGGAUGGAAUAUAUCUAUAGAUCAUACUACAACUGAUGAUUUUACAGAAUCUACAAUGACUACUGAUAGUUCUAUACAAAAUAUAACAACAACACCACAAAUGAAAACACUCUGUCCAAUAUGUAUCAAUCAAGGGAAUCAUACAGCAUUACUUCCUGAAAAGAUAUUUACAUCAAUAUGUAAUUAUACAAAUGGUAUAUAUCUUAUCAAAGUUUUAGAAUAUAAUAAUAAUACUAUGAAUGUGACAAUAAUUCAAAUAUUACAAUCUAGAUAUAUCACCAGUUGGAAUACAACCAUCUUAUUCCCUAAUCUUCUAGAAUGUUCUUGUAACAUCAUUCAAACACAACAAAAUUUAGUCUUAUUUUUUGAUCAAUAUACUAAUAUUUAUCAAGGGGAUGCUCAAAUCAAUUUGAAUACCAUAGAUACAAAUGUUACAUUGAUAUCUACUAAUGAUGUAUUACCUAAUUUAAAAUUGGCAAAUGAAAAAUGGUUAACUAUGUCAAAUUCAACUAUUGAUGAUGAUGAUUUUAAUUAUUAUGAUUUAUUUAAUUAUAAUUGUAAACGAUUACCAUUGAUAGUUAAUUAUAUUCAGGAGAAAUUUUUAAAUUGAAACAUUGUAUGAGGUUUUGUUCUUUUGAGCUGGAUGGUUUGGUCCAUCCAGUUCAAAGACUUCAUCAACUAAUCAUCCACCCAAGGUACAAAUUUUCUACAUCAUCUCAAAAUGAUUAGUUGUGAAAUUUUUUUUAGAAAAAACAUAAAUAAAUAAAUCAAUUUACAUUUUUGCGUGCGUGCGUGCGUGUAUGUGUGUGUGUGUGAAUUUACUUUGACGAUAUAUUUUUUCGCUUAUUGUUAUUUUCCUUUUCCUUUUUUUCUAAAGUAAAUAUUGAUUAAAGAAUAAUGAUUGUUUUUGUCUAAAUUAAUAAAACUUUAUUUAAAUAACAUU